CUUUAAUGUGAUCUGAUAACGGUUUGUUGUCCGACAUAUUAGACAGUGUAUUUUGUCGCGUCCAUUUUUUGGCACAAUUUGAUGAACUGGCAAGGCACCUCCCUGUAGCUACCAACGCCGGGGUGUUUUUCGGGUAGGCUUUGGCUCAUCACCGUGCUGCAGUAUGUUACAGUAACCGAAAAUGGUGCCACGCCGCAGCUGCAGUUGUAUAGCUUCAUCGGUCAUUAGCAUAUAAAAACAUCAACAUUUACGCUCAUGUUUUGUAGGCAAUGUGCACAAUUUAGCUAUAGUCACAACUAAUCUAUGCAAGAGAACCUGUCAAGUUCGCUCGUUAAGAAGCUAGCAACUGUUUUGGUGCCGUACUGCAGCUUGUAGCCUUCGCUAAAAGUAACGUUAACAACCGAAAGCCAGAGUGGUGCGGCUCGUCCCAGUGCACUGAAAAGUCUGAGUGUUACUGAGAAGACUGUCCGUAUGGAGCGAUCGGGUAGCAUACAACUUGAUAUCCCGGACUUCAGCAACUCCGUUCUCUCUCACCUGAACCAGCUGCGGAUGCAGGGCAGGCUAUGCGACAUUGUGGUCAACGUCCAGGGCCAGAGCUUUCGCGCCCACAAGGUGGUCCUGGCCGCCAGCUCUCCAUAUUUCAGGGACCACAUGUCACUCAGCGAGAUGAGUACAGUGUCCAUCUCUGUGAUUCGAAACCCCUCUGUGUUCGAGCAGUUGCUCUCCUUUUGCUACACUGGGCGCCUCUGUUUGCAGCUGGCCGACAUUAUCAGCUACCUGACGGCAGCUAGCUUUCUACAAAUGCAGCAUAUUAUUGACCGCUGCACCCAGAUUCUGGAGGGAAUCCAUUUUAAAAUUAGCUUAGCGGAUAUGGAAGAGGAGAUAGGGAGUCAUCGAGGAGUGGGUCGGACCAUAGAAUCUGGAAGAGGAGGAGCAGGAGUUAUAGGAGGUCCACGCUCUCUCAGCCCAAGACACAGCAGUCCCAGGCUGAUUGGUCCCCAUGGUAACACUGGAGGAGUGAUUGACAUGCGGGAUGUGAGGGAAGUCCGUGAGGUUAGUCCACCAGGAGAGUCCAUGAGCCCUCAGAUUGUGGAGCAUAGCGGGCUAGGUUCCGAAGGGGUAGCGUCAGGGAAGGAACCCAUUCUGCGCAUCAACCGGGCUGGACAGUGGUACGUGGAGACCGGGCCGGAGCCGGAGAGAGGAGCCGAGGAACCCGUACGAGUGGUGGAUGGGCUUCGGAUCAAGACGGAGAGGUUAGAGGAGUGGAUGGGGGCGGAAACACAGGCGUCCGCAGAGGAGGGGAGCGGGGCAGAGGAGGGGCCUACUAUGGUGAUUGACACCUCAGGUCGUAGCACGCUCAUACAGGAGGGCUUCGUCACCGGAGCUUCUGGAACCAAGAGCUCCCAGCCCUCAAGCAGCUUCAGUGAGACAGAAAGGUUCAGCCCGACAGGCAGCGUGGUUGUGAUAGCAGAGCGACAGAGAGCCAAGAGUGAGUCUCCAGGGAGAGUAGAUGAUCAGAGACAUCCCACCUCACAGGGGGAAGAGCAGGCGGUGUUUGACAUGGGCGGGUAUGAGGAAUACCUGCGUGAACAGGUAGGUGAUCGCUGGUUCCGUUAUAACCCGCGACUCACCUGCAUCUACUGCUGCAAGUCUUUCAACCAGAAGGGCAGCCUGGACCGCCACAUGCGGCUUCACAUGGGCAUCACCCCGUUCGUGUGCCGCAUCUGCGGCAAAAAGUACACACGCAAGGACCAGCUGGAGUACCACAUCCGCAAGCACACGGGCAACAAGCCUUUCCACUGCCACGUCUGCGGAAAAAGCUUCCCCUUCCAGGCCAUACUCAACCAACACUUCCGCAAGAACCAUCCGGGCUGCGCUCCUCAGGAGGUGUCCCUCAGCGCCUCCCCGGAGACCACCACCGUCACCUCCCGCGGAGGCCAAAACGAGGAUGAGUCGCCCACUCAGGAGGAGGCAGCGGAAGGGAACGGUGGCGGAAGCGGUGGAGGAGGGUCGUCUUUUGGAGAAGGAGUCCAGGCCUCUGUCUCUACGACGGGGCCUGAUUGAAAGGUGGGGAAUCGCAGGUGCGUCGAAGGGGGUUGCGGAGGGCAUUGGGGCGCAGGGCGGGAAAAGCAGGGAUCCCUGGAGCGCUCUCGGUCACCUGCUUUCCUGCUGACCACAUAUAAAACCUGAAUGAGAGAAAGAGAAAGUGGAGCGGCGACGCAGAUGUUGGAUGUUUUGUUGACAUUUCCCCGCCCCGGGUGUUGGCUACUGGUAACGCUGCUGUUUGUGGGGGAUGGAUGGGAAAAGGGAGGAUCU